AUGGUAGCUAUCGCAAAUGACAAGAAGGCCACUACCGGUGGCGUCGUGGCAGCGCGUCUGCUGGGCUCUACGUGCUCUGGUCUAUGCGAACUUAUGAUUUUCCACCCCGUGGAUACGAUUGCCAAGCGUCUCAUGACCAACAAGGAGGCUAUGCACGGCGUCGCGGGCAUCAACAAGGUCAUUUUCCGUGACGCGUACGAGAAGCCCGUGUUCGCGCGCUACCGCUCGCUGUUCCCCGGUCUGGGCUUCGCCGCCGGCUACAAAGUCUCGCAGCGCAUAUACAAGUUUGGCGGCCAGCCCGUGGUCAAGGAUUAUAUGUCCAGGAGCCACGCAUCCUUCUUCGAGCACACGUUCGGUGAGCGUAACGCCAAAACCAUGAUGCAUGCCUCGGCGGGCAGCCUCAUCGGCAUCGGCGAGAUCGCUCUGUUACCGCUGGAUGUGCUCAAGAUUCGCGCCCAGACCAACCCGGCCGCCAUCGCAGGCAAGGGCGUGGGCCACAUCUUUAAGACAGAAGGCUUCGCUCUGUACCGUGGUGCAGGCUGGACGGCCGCGCGUAACGCGCCUGGAUCGUUCGCUCUGUUCGGUGGCUCGGCCCUCGCCAAAGAGUAUCUAUUUCAGCUUGAGGACUUCAACAGCGCCACCUUCUUCCAAAACUUUGUGGCCUCCAUCUCGGGUGCCUCGGCCAGUAUCAUCGUGGCGCAACCGCUUGAUGUGAUCAAGACACGCAUCCAGUCGCGUCCGUUUGACUCGCCUGAGAGCGGCAUGACGGUCGUGCGUAACCUGCUGAAGACUGAGGGGUCUGGCGCUCUGUUCAAGGGUCUGAUCCCCAAGCUGUCGGUCGUCGGCCCCAAGCUCGUCUUCUCGUUCGCAGUUGCACAACACUUGAUUGCGUAUUUCGAGAAGUCCUUUGCCUAA